AUGGAAGAGGCAAAUAUUUUAGUGGCUCCAGAUCAGUUCAGCUGUUUAAUCUGUCUUGAUCUACUCAAGGAUCCAGUAGCUCUUCUCUGUGGACACAGUUUCUGUAUGGAGUGUAUUAAUAUCUGCUGGGAUCAGGAGGAUCAGAAGAAAGUCUAUAGAUGUCCUCAAUGUAAAGAAACCUUCACUUCAAGACCUGCUGUGAGCAAAAACACUGUUCUGGCUGAAGUAGUGGAGACACUGAAGAAGGCAAGACUACAAACUACACCUCCUGCUCAGUCUUUAGCUGGACCAGAAGUUGUGGAUUGUGAUUUCUGCACUGAGAGAAAACACAAAGCCAUCAAGUCCUGUCUGGUGUGUCUGGCCUCUUUCUGUGAGACUCACCUCCAGCCUCACUAUAAAUCUCCUGCCUUUAAGAAGCACAAGCUGGUGGAAGCCUCCAGACGACUCCAGGAGCAGAUCUGCUCUCAGCAUGACAAACUGCUAGAGGUUUACUGUCGCACUGACCAGCAGUGUAUCUGCAUGUUGUGUGCCAUGGAUCAACAUAAAGGACACGAUACAGUAUCAGCUGCAGCAGGACGAGCUGAGAAACAGCAACUAUUUGAGCUGCGGAGACAAUCCAAGCAGAAAAUCCUUGACAGAGAGAAGGAGCUUCAGAAGCUGAGGACGGCUAUGACGUCUUACACAUCCUCUGCACAAACAGCUGUUAAAGAAAGUAUGAAGUUUUUUACUCGGCUGACGGCGCUAAUCAGAGCUCAAGAAAAAGCUGAAGUGAGUCGAGCUGAAGAAGUUAUGAAGCAACUGGAGCAGGAAAUUGCAGAACUGAGGAGGAGAGAUGAUCAGCUUCAGGAGCUUUCAUCCAGAAAAAAUCCUGUCCAGUUUCUCCAGAGUUUUCAGUCUGUCUCAACUGCUCCUGGAUCUGCAGAUUCCUCCACCAUCACAUACAGCUUUUCUCUUGCUUUUGAUGAAGUCUUGAAAUCUGUGUCUCAGCUGAGAGAGAAACUAGAAACAUUCUUUAACAGCGAGUUAAAGAAGAUAUCACCUGAAGUUAAAUCCAGUGGUGAUACUAAGGAAAUAAAGUCUGGCAGUCAUGCCUGGGAGAAAAAGAUAAUAUUGAAGGAGGAGAGAAAGGCCGAGAGCAUUCUGAAGCCUUUUUGUGGUGAUAGUAGUGAUGUAAAGGCUGAGCCCAGUUCAGACGUCCAGCAAGCAGUGAUUGAAGGCAACAGGCAUAAUAAAACCAAGGAGAGCUGCUCUAGGCCUGUUACAUCUGGUUAUGACUGUCAAUUUGACCUCCAUACAAAGACCCACAAAGUUCAAACACCAGCUAACUCAACUACAACUCAAGAUGCACCUUUUCAUUUUUCAUUUGAUUCAACAAGUGCAUUUACAUUCGCAGAUUUGGCAAAUAAUUUUGGGGGAUUCUCCUUCAGAAAAAUGGUUACCCCACCUCCAGUCCCCAUCCCUGAACAACAAAAGAGAGAUUUUCAGUGGUAAUAAUACAGGAUAGCUCGGUGGAAAGUGUAUCUACGGGGACAAGUUUAAGGGAGAGAAUUUUGAAGUGUGCCUCACAGGAUCAGGAAUACUGUCCAUAUCCAUUUGUGGAAGAGAGACAAACAUCACUCAGUUUUGAUCACCUUGAAGAAAAGUGAGCAUUUGAAUUUCAAAUUUGGUACGGUGAAAGAUGACAUGGAUCUGGUUAAGCAAACUGGCCUCUGAUAAGUAUACAUGUGAAAGUUUUCUAUGUUCUGGUAUUUUUGUUUUUGGUCCUGACUUUGUCGUUAUUAAUUCAGGAAAAAACAAAGUUUAAGGGUCUAACCCUUUUUUUUUCUUUUUUUGUGUGCGCGUGUGUGUGUUUUGUGUGUUUUAAUUUAUUUUCCUAUAAGUACUAUAAAUAAUAAAUUAUAUGAUGUAAUCAACAUAUUCUUUAUAAUUAUAUAAUUCAUGCGUUUACUUAUAUGCAUGUGCUUGGUUGUGUUUUUCUUGUUUUUUUUUGUCUUUUUCUUUUUUUGUGGUCAAGUACCUCCACAAAAGACUGGAUUAUGUACUGGAAUAUCGUAUUCCAAUGUGUUUGAACUAGUCACCCAGGCUGUCUUAAAAUGCACAUAAUAAACUAUGUUUUUUUCCUGCAACUAAAUCUAAAUAUUUUUGUUAUCCAGAAAGAUUUAUAAAAGUGUCAAAGAUUAUGACCCUGACAAACUAAAAACUGUGUUAAUGACAGGCAGACAUGGACAUACAAAGAAUUACCAUUGUACUGAUGUGUUUAUUGAGCUGAUAUUAAGAUGAAUUAAACAAGCUGUUAUGAAGUUGACAAAAAAAUGUAAAAAAUUUAAAAUUAUGAAAAAAAAAUUAAUGAAAAAAAUAUGGUGUUAUAGCUUUGAUUCAUUUACAAAGUUAUAGCUUUGAUUCAAGUGGAUUAAGCAGCAACAAAUUGGUUGUUUUCAAGACACUAUGAGGGACAUUAUACCCCUGAAGUACACUGCUUCCAGAAGUUACCAUUUCAGAAAGGUCAAAUUAUUGGCCUGCAUCAAGCAUCAAUAACAACUAAGAAAAUCUGAAAUUACUGGAACCGGAUUAAAAACUUUUCAACACAUUAUAAAAAAACCUGUAAUGACUGUGCUGAACCUUUAAAUUUAUAUACAUGUAAGUAAAACUUUUAAUAUUCUUUUUUUACAAGCAUCUCUUGCACAUUACUAAAUGCUACUCUUUCUUUGCUUACUUAUUUGCUUAAUGCUUUUUUUUUAUGAGGAGGAUGCCCA